AUGGGAAAUUCAUUAGCUUAUUGUUUCCAUUCAAAUCCAAGGUAUUCAGUGAAGCUGAUAUUCUGGGAAGGAAACACGAGAACCCUAACCGGAAAACACAUCGCCGGCGAGGUCAUGUUUCAGUUCCCGGACAAGAUGGUUUGCCAUGCAGACUCUUUCUUCAUCGGUCACCCCAUCCCGGCUUUAUCCAUGAACGACGAUCUCAUUCCAGGACGAACUUACUUUGUUCUCCCCCUCGAUCGCUUUGCAUGCAAUGUCUUGACAGCUUCUUCUCUCGCCGCCUUAAACUCUAGCUCUAGCCCUAAACCUGCUCCGAUCAACUUCGGCGCUUGCCCUUUCGAGUACGUAAAAGGUGCCGAUGGUAGGGUUUUGAUGAAAGUGGUGCCCGAGUUUAUAACAAGUUUGAUUACUAAAAGCAAUGAAGGAGAUGAAAUUGGGAGCGGUGGUGGGAAUGGUUUUCUGUGCAGUACGCCGGAGCUGAAGAAGCAUUACGAAACACUGGUUGGGUCUAAACAACAAGACUGGUCGCCGAAACUUGAGACAAUCUCAGAGUAUAAGGUCAGGUUUUCGCCUUGCAGGUUCAUAGGGUUGGAAGGGAAACAAAGGGAGAUCUAA